AUGCAAUCAGUAGUAUUCAAGGGUCCUCUCGAAGUCGCUCUCGAGCAGCGCCCGCGGCCACAGAUCAAAGACUCCACAGACGUGAUUCUGAAAGUUCGAUACAGCGCACUGUGUGGCAGCGAGCUCCAUGUCUUCCGCGGCCACCAGCCCUCACCCACGGGCUUCAUCAUGGGCCAUGAAUUCACCGGCGAAGUAGUCGAAGUCGGCGAAAACGUCAAGAUCUUUGCAAAGGGCGACCGAGUCGUCUCCCCAUUCACAGUCAGCUGUGGCGAAUGCUUCUACUGCUCCAAGGGCUUCUCCUCACGAUGCACACGGGGUCUCUUGUUCGGCACGGCCGGGUUGGACGGCGGCCAAGCGGAAUUCGUGCGCGUGCCGCUCGCAGAUGCAACUCUCUGCCAUGCACCCUCGACGAUUGACGAGAAAAAGCUCAUUCUCAUGGCGGAUAUCUUCCCCACCGGGUUCUUCGCCGCGAAGAAUGCGUUCAGCUCGCUGGACAAGGCGGCCGUUAGUGACAGCACAGUGCUCCUCUUCGGAUGCGGACCCGUGGGGAUCUGUGCGCUUGUCAGCGCUUUGGAGCAUCGGCCGAAGAAUCUCAUUGCGAUCGACAGCGUGCCGUCGCGGUUGAAGCUGGCUGGAAGUCUGGGCGCCGAGCCGUGGAAUUUCAUGGAGAACGAAGCUGGGCUCCGGGAGAGAGUGAAGGAAUUAACCGACGGUCGGGGUGCCGAUGUGGUGAUCGAGGUCGUGGGGCAUAGCAGUGCUUUGCGGAUGGGAUUUGAGCUUUUGCGUCCGUGGGGAACUAUCUCCAGUAUUGGAGUCCAUAAUGGGGAGAUUCCUUGGACGGGCAAUGAAGCGUACGGGAAGAAUCUGCGUAUCCAGAUGGGGCGGUGCCCUGUUCGCAGUAUUUUCGAGGAGGCUAUGGAUUUGCUCGCGAAGAAGCAAGACACAUUGAACUUCAUGGCGGAGGAUAUUCGCCCGCUCUCACAAGCUAUUCAGGCGUAUGACGAUUUUAAUAAUAUGCGAUCGCAAAAGAUUGUUUUUGAGGCCGACAAGUAA